CGGGACGUCGGCGGACUGUGUGCCUGCGCUGAGGAAAGGUGCGUGUCCCCAGUGUCCGCUCCGGUCGCCCGGUUAGGAAUGCGCCUCACGAACCCGGUGUGUGCUGUAAUAUUUGACGAAACGCCAGCGGGGACUGUGGUCUAAGAAGAGUCAUGGUUUGGCAUCGCUUCCACCAUUAGUAUCUUAGCGUGCGAGCUCGAUUCAUUGAGCUAGCUGUCGUUAGCCCGCUCCGUUGAUUCAUAGCACGCUAGGUCGCUAGCCUCUGUAGCAUCCCGCUAGCCGGCUAGCUUGCUAGUAAGCUAGUUUCAGUGUGCUGCUGGUCGAUCGAGUCGAACAGGAGAGAACCAGACUGACUACUGAGCCCAGCCGGUAUUUCGGAUAGAGGGGGGUGGUGGCAGGUGGGGGCCGGGAGAACGCGACGGGGUGGAAGUGAGUCUGGAGCGGCUGAUGAGUUCAGACCAGAGCGGAGAGCCGCCGCUGCUGCAGGAGGAGGCUGAUCCCGGACCGAAGACCGGUGGGAAGGACGAGACUCCGCUGGGGAGCGAGGGAGGGUCAGGCGGCAUGGUCACCUCUAAGGGUGCUGGUUUGAACCCAAAUGCCAAGGUGUGGCAGGAGAUGCCCGUGGCCCCCAGCGAGGCUGUUACCAGCGGCCCUCAUUGGCCUCCCUCGGACAUCAGCGAGGGUUAUUCUGAGCCUUCGUCUGCUGGGUGCAAGCAGUACACUGUGGGAUUCCCAGCCCUGGAUGACAGCAGCUCCACAGCAACAGCUGAGAUAGCAGUAAAUGGAAUGGACCCUCCAGAGUUGGGCUUUUCCCCCGCUGAGUCCACGACAGGGACCUCAGGGGAUUCCAAAACUGAAGAACAACCAGUCUCCUCUGAGAAUCUACGAGAGUCUCUGAAGAAAGAGCUGGAGUUUUAUUUCUCUAGGGAAAACCUCUCCAAGGAUUUGUACCUGAUGUCCCAGAUGGACAGCGAUCAGUUUGUCCCUAUUUGGACUAUAGCCAGCAUGGAGGGCAUCAAGGUCCUCACCACCGAUAUGGACCUCAUCCUGGAUGUGUUGAGAUCCUCUCCUAUGGUACAGGUGGAUGAGAAAGGGGAGAAAGUGCGUCCAAAUCACAAGCGGUGCAUUAUCAUUUUAAGGGAGGUCCCAGAAACCACACCUGUUGAGGAAGUAGAGUCAUUGUUCAAAAAUGACAACUGUCCAAAGGUGAUAAGUGUCGAGUUUGCACACAACAACAACUGGUACAUCACAUUCCAAUCCGACACGGAUGCUCAACAGGCAUACAAGUACUUGAGAGAGGAAGUAAAAACAUUUCAGGGAAAACCCAUUAUGGCCAGGAUAAAGGCCAUCAACACGUUUUUCGCGAAGAAUGGCUACCGUAGCAUGGACAGCAGCCUGUACGCCCAGCAGUCCCAGAGCCAGUCCCAGUACAGCUCUCCGCUCUACAUGCAGCACGUCUACCCCCAGCAGCAGUACCCCGUCUACGGCAUCGUGCCUCCCACCUGGACACCUUCGCCCACACCGUAUUUUGAAACUCCUCUGGCACCGUUUCCCAACAGUAGCUUUGUGAAUGGAUUUGGCUCUGCUGGACACUACAAAACCGGCUCCACUUCUCUCAAUAUCACUCGCCCUUUCAACAGAAACCGUGUCCCCCUCUAUUCAAGAAAGAAUGUAAUAAAUGCCUUCAGAAACCACGUGAAGCCCCAGGUGAGGACAAGCGAGGUGACCCCUGCAUCCAUAACACCUGUACCGUUGGAGAGUCUGACCGGACUGCGCAGCCCUCAGCCUCCCGUCGCUGUCGCCGCCACCACUAACCCAAUCCAGACAACCACUGACCUGAGCUCGGCAUUCUCACAUCUCUCCUCCUCGUCCUCCUCCUUGGACCCCAGCGAUGACAGUGGCAUGGCCGGACGUGGAAGACGGAGCGCGACCUACAGAGGAACACGGAGGAGGCGAGAAGACGAACGGAUUGCGAGGCCUGUACCCUUAGCAGAGGUCAAAGUUUCUCCACCCAAGUUUGACUUGGCUGCCACCAAUUUCCCCCCACUUCCUGGCUGCGUGGUCAGUACACAGGGAGAGCCAGUGCUAGAAAACCGAAUGUCCGACGUCGUACGUGGCUUGUACAGGGACAAGACUGAACAAGCCAAUAAAGAAGCCACUGUGAGUCCAGGUGCAGGCCAAGCCUCUGUCACAGAGGAAGCUGUGAUUGUCUCAAGUCCUGCCUUGGCAACAGCAAAAUCUACCACUCAACCACUCGGACCUUUGGCCCCCGGUGUAACUCGUCAGGAGAAGAGAGUGGAGCGGCCAGAACCUCCAGCUCCAAAACCGGCUCCACGCACAGCUGUUCAAACUACCGUCAACCCCUCACCCGCCACACAGCCUGUGCCUAGCUCCAGGCCUCAGCCCUCUGCCGCCUCCACACCAGCGACACCGAGCACGCCGACCCCUACAUCAGCCACUGUUCCCGCCCCUGCACAGGAGCCCCGUAAACUCAGCUACGCCGAAGUGUGCCAACGGCCACCCAAGGACCCUCCUCCCGUGGCCCCCGCCCCGGCCUCCUCCGGUACCGCGUCAGGCCAGCCGUUACGCGAGCUGCGCGUGAACAAGGCUGAGGAGGUGGGUUCCAGCAGCAGUCCUGGAGACAAGCAAGAAAAAGGCCCUGACAGGGAGGGGGGAUGGGAAUGCAAGGAGAGCCGGCCGCCACGUGAUCGUGACUCUCAAGGCUACUACCGCAGCAAUGGCCCCAGAGGCACCGGGGGCCUCAAGUUCCGGGACCAGAGGCGCCCCCCCCCAGCCCGACGCAACUCCCCACAGGGAGGCUACAGGCACACUGGCAAAGAGCAGAAUAUCCCACCAGUAUCGCCAAAGUAAAAACUUGAUAAGAAUAGAAAAAAAGAUGUAUGAAUAUAUACAUGGAUAUAUAUAAUUAUAUAAAAAUGAAUAACAUAAAAGCAACAACAUUAUGGUAGCCACCUUUCCCCCCCUGGAACUUGUCCAAAGAAAAGCUUUUAAAUGACAGUGAGACUGUGACAUCCAGGACUUAAAGGGCAAAAUGACAACUGAAGAACUUUGACAAGUGAUUGGAAAAGUUUAAACACAGAUCUUGUUUGGGCCUCCAGCGUUAUGCUUAAAAAGAAUCUUAAGUGCGAUUUAAUCUGGAGGCCGUUCAUUUAUGCUCUGCUAGGGAGAGGUGGGAUGCUGGGCCGCGUAAAUGGCCCUCUACCUUUUUUUUUGAUUUUAAAGAAUAGAUGUUGGUCUGCAAGAACAAUAUGCACUAAGAAGAAAAGAACAUGCAUAUAUGUCAUGUACAUAUACAAAGAUAUCACUAACACGCAACGAGACAUCAGUUUUUUUGUUUUUUUUCUUGUGUGCUUAGGUUUGCAAGUAUGACUGAAGGGUUGACUGAUGUCUGUGUAUGCAUUGAUUGUUAAGCAAAAUGAUUGAAGUGCUACAGAGUGCUGUUGCACGGAUGUAAUGAAAAUGGAUGAAUUUUGAUUUUUACAUCAGAGAUUCAGAAUCGCUGUCCUGACGGGGACGGCGUGGUCUUCUAAUGUAUAUUAAUGAAAUGUGUUCUUCUAUGGUGGUAUUUUGAUCCCGGUUCAUGAUUGGCUUAAACGCUCUCAGUCAGAUAUCAGAGGCUGUUGAUGUACGCCGCAGUCAGACGUGUGGUUUUGUUUGAAGCAGAAAUACUCGUUGGGGUGCUCGCUGGCCUGUUAGCCACGGUGAACCUGCUAACCUGGUCCAAAGUUUUUCAUGUUAAGUUUUAUCUCUGUCUCUCUGAAUUGUUUUGGGUCUACCCACUCCAAUGGAUUCAGAACAUUUGUCAUGUUGAUAAUCAGUCAGGUUCUCUGUUUACAUGUUUGUUUGGGUAGUUGGGUGAUGUUUUCAUGAAAGGAAAAAAUGAAUAGGUUAAUGCUAAGAUUUGACUGUUCAAUGCGCCUGGUGGUUUAGGUGAGGUUUGGCUUUUCUACAUCAUCACAGGAUAUCCAGGUUAAGCUUAUAUCUGUGAAUUGUUCUCAACAAUGGCAUAACUUCAAAAAAUAGACCUGAGGAGUGCUGUUAGCUAAAGGCGAUAGCUACAUGACAUCUGGCAGCCAAGUCGUGGGUAUAAAGACGAUUGGAACAUUUUCACGUGCUAUGUGCCAGCUGCCUACGAUCAUAGUGUGCUAGGAUAAAGUUUUGAUUUUUACUGAUGAGGUCUGCUAAAAAAUGUAGUCUUGGGGAAACUUUUGGCCCAGUAAAACUGGAUUUUGAAGAAGCUGUAGAGGUGUAGUUGCCUAUGCUAUAUUGUAAUAACCCUUCACUAGAAAUGUGUGUGGGAGAAUGUAAUUGUUCUAGUUCUGAAUUUACAGAGGGAAACUUUUGACAGCAGGUAUCCACCAGAUUGUUUUGUGCUUUUAGGGUGAGUUUGCUGGGGGGGGGGGUUUUCUUGUUUUUCUUUCUUUCCUUUUUUUAAUUUUUGGAGAAGAAAACCCCAACAGGUUGACUUAGAAUUUGAAGUUUGACUCACUGUAUGUAUUGCUUUUUAAAAUUUAUUUAUUUUAAUUCUAAUGGGCAACGCUUUUCUCCCAAUCUUGGUAGGCUGGUUUCCCCAAAGUUGUGUGAAAUCGCAUUGGCAAAAAAAAAUAUAAUGAUAAAAACAAACAAAAAAAAUCACACAUAUGACAUUUAUAUACUGAUCGAGAUGUCAGCUGAGAGAAACUACUUGAUGCAUUGACUUUGGGUUUAGUAAUGCAGUAAACGAGUAUCCAAUCACUGGGGCUGUUUUUUUUUUUUGUUUUUUUUCAUUAAUGAGUAUGAGCAGCUAGUGAUUUAGUUUAAUUAAAGAAAUGCACUAACUUGUUUUUAAAAAGAAUCUUACUCAUGAGUAAUGUGAAAUCAUUUUAGAAGCAUAUGGUUGAUGUUGACAGGCUUGCAAAUACCUACAAGAAUUGCUUUUCCCCCCUCAAUAGGUUUGGGUUAAUUUCUGUUAAUUUGGCUUGGGGAGGUAAAAGAAAUGUAGUAAUGGAUCAACCAAGUGUUUGAGACACAAUCUUAGAACUGUAUGAAAUGUCACCAAAAAUAAAUUAUUUUGAUUUGG